AAGAUCCAGUCUAACCGUAAUAUCGUAGUCACACUUUGCGCUUUAGCUCGGUUGCGAAGCAACCGCGUCUGGCCUGUUUCGUCGAUAAAGAGAACAAUCCCUCCAUUUUCUGAAACCUUCAAUUCGGCUGGGGAUGCUAUGCGCACUCGGCUAGGAAUUGCGACACGCUUGAGAUCUCGCGGUACUUUGAGCUCGAACAUUUGUUGCGUAACGAACUGUAUUUAAUACUGAAAAAUAGGAGCAGAUGUAUAAAAGAAUUGUUAAAAAAAUAUAUUUUAUCGAAUUUCAUCGAAUUGUUCUGUCGAAUAAGUUAUAGAGCUUAUUGGAAUAUCGGCUUAACACUUGUUUGAAUUAGACGUUUGAUUACUUAGAUUGAAUUUUCGAAUCGUUCGAAUAUGACACUGAACAGGGAAGUCUGGGAAGAUCCUGAAAAGCUUCUUCAUAAAUUUGAUUCUAACGAAGACGCUGCUUUGGAUUUCGAAGAGUUUUGUAUAUUAUGUGGUGAACUUUUUGGAGCUGAAGAAGUCGAGGAGCAUGAAUACAGGAUUCGUGACAUAUUCGAUAUUCUGGAUUCGAAUGGGGAUGGACUUUUGAAUGAAGACGAAUGGGGAAGAUGCCACAAGGAAUGGAUAUCGGUUGUUCUCAAUCCUUUGAGUGUACUUCUCGUUGUCGACGUGCAAAAUGAUUUUAUCGAUGGAACAAUGGCGUUGAGAAAUUGCGGAAAAGGCGAAGACGGUGCUGAUGUGAUUGAGCCAAUUAAUCAGUUACUCAAGGAAGUCCAGUGGAAAAAAGUUGUUUAUUCGCUCGACUGGCAUCCUGAAACGCAUAUUGGUUUUUAUGACAAUUUACAUAUGAGAGAAUUGCAUCCCGAUUCCAAGGUCUCUAAAGAAGACGCUAAAAUUUUGGACACAGUUUUAUUCCUCGAACCACAAUUGGAGCAACGAUUAUGGCCACGACAUUGCGUCAUGGACACAUGGGGAGCUCAGUUACAUAAGGAGUUAUACAUUAUACCAGACUCAUCACAGAUUCGCAAGGGACAAAAUCCCGACAUGGAAACGUAUUCUGUAUUCUUUGACAACAAUGCAAUCAAUUCGACGGAAUUAUUGAAUAUUUUACAAGAAAUCGGUAUUACCGAUGUCUACGUUUGUGGUCUUGCUUAUGACGUUUGCGUGCGAGCCACCUGCAUGGAUGGACUCCGACUAGGGUAUCGAUUGGCCAUAAUUGAGGAUUGCUGUCGUGGCGUCGAUCCGGAUGACGUGAUAGAAGCGAGAAAAAUGAUAUCAGAGAACGGUGGUCUUCUCACGAAUAGCAAAGAAGUUCCUAUGCUUGUCAGCGGUGAGAAACGAAGUUUAAUAAUGGCACAACAGGGCACAUGGUCGUUGGCCAAGAAAUGGUCAGCUUGUGAGAAGGAAGCUGAAAAAGAGUCAAAAGAAUGAUUAACCAGAUUUUAAUUAACGUCUGAUAGUAUUAUUAUUAAUAUCUCCCGAUAACUGCACUUACAUUUAGUCAAAGGCGAUCUUAAUUUAUUACCCAGUAUAAUUGUAAUCACUCGUUACAAUUACAAUCCUACAAUUGCCUCUAAACCAAGUACGAGUACUAUGCUUGACUUGACUAUUUAAACUAUCUUUAAGAAUAAGUCAUGUUAAAAGACUUUGGAAUCUAAUUUAAUUUGAGAAUAAAUUAUCGCCCUCUGUACUUAACGUACGUUAAUGCAUAUUGUUUGUGCCUUUAAUGUCAUUAGUGGUUACUGUUUAUUUGUAAAGUUCUAAAGAGUCAGAUAAAAGUGGAAUCGACGCACUUGGAAAUAUACAUAGGACUUGGUUUACAACACUCUUAAGCAAGGUGCAGGACAGUCUAUUUUGGGCUUUCAUUAUCCGAUUAGAUAGGAGGACGAUAAGAAGAGAUAGGAACAUGUUACACGGUUAUUAAAAAGCGAAUAAUUUUUAGAAUUAACUAAUAUAUGGUUCCAUGUGUAAUUUCUCUUUGUAGUCUUUAACUCCAGGAGCAUUAUGUACAAUAAAAUAAAUGUAACGUGUCGUUAAUAAAUAAUCAAAAUAGUCACA